AAACGCCGCUUAAGAAAGAAAAAAACUUUGAUGUCUUAUAAACAGUACCUUUUCGGAUAUUUGAUAUCUGUCGUUGCAUAUUUUUAGAUAAUGUAAGCAUAUUGUGACAUUUAAUGAAAGGAACCAGUUAAAAGCAGCGCUAGCGGGUUUGUAUUAUUGGGGGAGGAUCAGGUUGAUGAAGAGAAAAUGGCUGACGGGUUUAACUGGUUCCUUGUACUGAGCUCGGUGUUUCUGGUCAACCUCGUGAAGACACUGCUGCCGUCCAUUUCUUCAUUUCUGACAAAGAUCUUCCAGAAAGAUGCUGAUCAAGAGAUGGAGAUGAGGACGGAGAUCCAAAACAUGAAGAUGGAGCUGUCCACCAUCAGUAUGAUGGACGAGUUUGCCAGAUAUGCUAGACUGGAACGCAAGAUCAAUAAGAUGACCGAUCAGCUGAAGACUGUUGUCAAAUCAAGAACUUCACAGCAGGCAAAAAUGAAAUGGAUUGUAAAUAUUGUGUUUUACAUUCUUCAGGCGGCCCUCAUGAUCUCGCUCAUAUUGAAGUAUUAUGCCGACCCGGUCACAGUUGUGCCUAGUAAAUGGAUUGCUCCACUGGAGAGACUAGUAGCCUUUCCUUCUGGAAUUGCAGGCGGUGUUGGAAUCACAUGCUGGCUGGUUGUCUGCAACAAGGUUGUGGCCAUCAGUCUACAUGCUGUCAGUUAAUCUAACAGUGGUUUAUCAGCAUGAUUACGCAGUCACUGAAUUUUUCUGUACAGGUUUGUUUCAAUCCUCUUGCUAAAAAAACAGUCUAUAUUGUACAUUUUGUGAUGAAUGGUCCAAACUGAUUGGUCUGUUUGUUUUUUAAUGCCAUUCACCGUUCCGUUAAGUGGUCGAAGUGUGUAGUAAAUUGGUUUUAGCCUUCAUUGUUUACAAAUUCUUGUUGAAUGACAUUUAAAGGUUUUUAUUUUCAUUUAGCUAGUAGAUGCUGACAUGUAAACAUUCCAAAAAUUGCAGAACUUUUUUUUUUCUUUUCAAGGUUUAUGUUGUAAUCUCAAGCAAAGCAAAAGAUUUUCUCUAUUUAUUGCUUGUACCAAAAUUGUAUAUUAUGUUUGUCAGUGUUAUAAACGUAUUUAUUGGUUUUUGUUUUUCAAUGAAAUAAAUAUAAAUGUGCAAAUGAAAA